AUGCUGAUCCUUCUUGGAUUCUCUGAUAAUAUGCCUCGCUGUGAUGGUGGAUUGAAUAAUUUAUUUGUGGUCAGUAUGGGGACACUUACCAUCAUUUGGGUUGUUGGGAACUUUAGUGGAUGCAAUUUGGAGUCGGCUACAGGAAAUGACACGACAUCAACAAAAUCAAGCUACUAUGUUCAGAAAUUUAUUGAGGGCAGUGCAAGACUUGGCAGGCAGCAGGCUCAGGCGGCACCUAGUAAUGCAACAGGAGGUGCUAACACCGUGAGCUCGAUCGUUGAGCAGUUUCGUCGUUUUAAACCCCCGUCCUUUGAUGGUAAAGGUGACCCUUUCGCAGCUGAGGAGUGGCUGAGAAGACUUGAAGGGAUCUUCGAGCACAUGAACUGUAGUGACGCUCAAAAGGUUUCAUGUGCAAAGUUCAUGUUGACUAGCGAUGCUGGACAUUGGUGGGAUUCCGAAACACGUACUAAAACUGUAGAGCAACUAUGUAAUCUCACUUGGGGUCAAUUCAAGGAGUCGUUGAUGGGUAAAUAUUUUCCCCAGCCAUUGAGGGAUCAAAAGGAGGUAGAAUUUCUCCAACUCACGCAAGGAAAUUUGCCACUUGGGGAGUAUGAAAGAAAAUUUGAACAGCUUUCUAGAUAUGCUCCACACAUGGUAAACACUGAGUUGACGAAGACUAAAAGGUUUAAAAUGGGGUUAAAACCAGAGAUUAAGGGAAUCAUGGCAGCCCAGCAACAUACUACUUAUGCGAAAGUUGUACGUCGAGCACAAGCAAUUUCUAAUGGUUUAGGAUUGGAAAAGAAACCUCAACCCAACACCGAGACUUCUGUAAAGAGAAAGUGGCAAGGUCACGACAAAGACAGGAAUCAGAAUCAGAAAGUAAAGAUUUUGUCAAACUCAAACAAAACUUUUCCUCAAUGCUCCAAAUGCAACAAACGACACUUGGGAGAAUGUCUUCAAGGAAAGGAAUUAUGCUACAUUUGUGGUAAAAGUGGCCAUUUCCUUAGAGAAUGUCCAGAGAAGAAGAAAGAAGAUGACCAUCUUAAGAAGGGAAAGGCCAGAGUAUUUGCUUUGAUGGGAGAAAAUGAGGAUUAG